AACUCUGUUUUAUGUUUUAAAAUCUUUACUUCGGUUCUGGAAAGUGUCCAGAACAUAUAAAGGCUGAGAUAAAUUAGCUUAACGUUAGCUCCGUGUAGCACAGCGUUAGCGGCACAUUACGCAAAAUGACUGAAGACCUGGUCCAAACAAACUGCAGUAAAACACUGCUUGUCCGCCACUUACCAGCUGAGCUCAGCGAGGAAGAGAAAAAAGACCUCCUGAAGUAUUUCGGAGCUGAGUCAGUCAGAGUCUUCUCAAACAGGGGCCGCUUGAAACAUGCAGCCUUUGCAACGUUUAGGAGUGAAAAGUCAGCGGCAAGGGCUCUAAGCAGACUCCAUCAGUUAGAGGUUCUUGAUCAGACACUCAUUGUGGAGUUUGCAAAAGACCAAGAUCACAUAACAGUGCUAAAGGACCCACCUGUGUCAGAAAGUGGUGAAAAUGUCAAAGAAGAGCAGAAGAAGCAGGAGAGCAAACAGCCAAAUAUUCCCAUCAUAGAGACGGGCGUUGCACCGAGUCUCGGGUUGAAGUUUCAAUCAAAUCCCACUUUGAAAUAUUUAUAUCCACCACCCUCUAAUGGCAUUCUGACAAAUAUAACGCACGCCCUCAUGAGCGUGCCAAAGUUUUAUGUUCAAGUACUUCAUCUGAUGAACAAGAUGAAUUUGCCAUGUCCUUUUGGCCCAGUCACAGCCAGACCACCCAUGUUUGAACUCCUGCCUCCUGCUCCACCCAUCCCCAUGCCUCCUCCCUUCCCUCCCGAUUAUCCCCCUUUACCAGAGGAGGAGAUGGAAAUGAGCAGCGAGGAAGAAUCCGAGUAUGAGAGUGGAGACGACGAAGACAAAGAGAGGAUUGUUCGUCUGAUGGGCCUGGUCAACCAAGCAUGCAAGCGACCCUUGAGACCAAAAACAGCUUCAAAACGAAAGAAGCCCAGGAUCAAGGAUCUACUCUAUGCUCCCAAGCCAGACUCUCAGAGUGCUCCGGCUCUGCAGCCCUCGGAUGUGUUUGAGCAGCCCCACGCCGCCGGUCCGAGGAAAAUUGAGUUCCGCAUUUCUGCUCCGGAUGUAGCAGCUGCUGUUGAAGGAAGUAGGCCAGCUCAGCCUGAAGACGACGAAGGCAAAGCAUCGUCCAUUCAAGUGGAUCAGAGCGAGAUCAAGCCCAGCAGCAAUCAGGAGGAAGCAGAGGCUAAAGGUUUUGGGAAGCUUUAUUUCAGCACACAGGCAUCAAAGCAGCAGGAGGAGCGCAGCGACAACGAGCAGGAUCUCGUCUCAGAUGUCAUCUCGAGGAAGGAGCUGGAGAAAGGACGGCUGUCAAGAGAUGAGAUAAAAAGGAUGUCUGUGUUUAAAAAUUAUGAACCUGGCGAGCCAACCUGCAGACUAUACGUGAAGAACAUUGCAAAGCAAGUGGAAGAGAAGGAGCUGAAGUACAUCUAUGGGAGAUACAUUAACCUCUCGUCAGAAGAGGAGAGAAACAUGUUUGACAUUGUGUUAAUGAAGGAGGGGCGGAUGAAAGGGCAGGCCUUCGUCGGACUCCCCAGUGUGCAGAGUGCAGAGAAAGCCCUGCAGGAAACCAACGGCUACGUACUUUAUGACAAACCUCUGGUUGUUCAAUUUGCUCGAUCUGCAAGACCGAAACAAGACAACACGGAUACCAAGAGAGGACCAAAACAGAGGUGAAGUCAGCAGAUACCAAGGCUUGAUAUUGUGGCCCAGCAGAACCAUUUGUAUCCUUAUUGUGUCAUAUCCUUUGGGGAAAAAAUGAGGGGGGGAGCGGUUUAACUGCAGAUAUUGUAGCACAAAUAUAUAAUUAUAGUAUAGCUUUUUUUGGUUUCUUUUCUUUUUCUAGCCUAUUGUAUCUUAUUUGUCUUUUUUUUUAGCACAGACUUUAUAACCAUAAGCUAUUUUUGAAUCUUAAACUUCUUCAUUGAUUUCUGCCCUUUUUGACUGAA